UUGACAUUCUCGAGCUAAAGGAACUCCCUCACUCUCUCCUUUUCACUUCUCUCUCAUUACUGCCUUAGACAGCACACGGCUAGAAUCAUGGAUCUGUACCUCGUCCUGCUGUUUGGCUUUCUCUCAGUGGUCCAGCUGAGUCAAGCCCAACCACCAGUGGAGGAGGAACCCGUUAUAGCAAUAAAUAUGGAGCCCCUGGGAGGCUGGAUUGAAACCCAUCCUGAAAGACCAGAUGUCCAAAAAGCUGCUAGAAAAGGUUUGGAGAAAUUUAACAUGAAAUCCAAGGCCAAGAAGUACUUCAAGCUUCUGGACAUCACAUCCGCACAAAUACAGGUCACCAAUAUGAUAAACUUCAAGAUCGAAGCGACUGUUGCAAAGACAAAGUGCCUAAAAACUGAGCCGGCAGAUUUGGAGUCCUGCGCUUUGGGCCGAAAGCGGCUGACAUGCAAGUUUGAAGUUCAGUACAACCCGAGGAAUGAUAAGUACGUAGUGAAGGCAGUUUCUUGUAAGAAAUGAUCCGGCUUUUAAUGUGGACCUGAGUGUGAACAGAUUAUAAUUACUUAUGUACAGUACUGCCCAAAAGUCAGAGACCACUCUUCAUUUCUUUAAUUUCCCGUCAAAAUGGCCAUUAAGUACAAAUUAUUCAUUCAUCAGGAGAUAUUUCUGAAAAGAUUAGAUAUAAGACAAUCCACUUGCAUAAGGAUGAGGAAAGUCAAUGGAAAUUAAGCAAAAAACAAGUUUCCAGAACAGAAGUUUAAAAAAUACAUAAAAAUGGAAUUCCUAACAAGCACCUGCAAGACCUGGUAAACCACUAGAACUCUCCCAAGCUCUACUUAAAGCUCUCAUCUUUCUGAGAGAGGAAAUUCAAGCUCAACUCUUGCUUAAGAUCUGAAAAUGUCCACAGGAAUUUACGUCCAUCCUGUGAGAAGAACUCAGUGCACUGGGUCUGAAAGGAUGUGUAGCUGUCAAUAAGGCCUUAGCGGGAAAAGUAAAUAACCAAAAAAUUACAAGUGAAAAAAGCUUCUCUUCCCAGAACAUUAGACUGGGAUUACUGGGAUUCCCAGAAACAGAAAAUGCAACCAACUUCUAAGUCUGAACUUUAAAGGUGUGGAAAAAGAUGCUGAUUUGGAUAUUUCUGAAAAGCUAAAGGCAAAAAAGAAUUUAAGCUGUAACAAAGGCAAAGGUUGGACACACUAAAUACUGAAUAUUUUGAUAUUAUUUUAGUUGUUGAAGCUUGUGUGGCAUUUUCUGUUAAAUAUCUAUAUAUUUUUAUAUCAUCUUCAGCUUUUCUGGCAGAGGAAAAUGAAGUACUUGUUGGCCAUAUUUUGACUAGGAAUGGCAUGAAUGAAGGGUGGUCUCUGACUUGUACACUUCUUAUAAAGCAUGUUUGUCACUGUUGGGGUGGAGGAACCUUCUCUCUCUUAGAUGAUGUCUAACUGUUGUAGGGAAUGACUUGAGGUUUGUUGAUGUACUAAAACAGAAUGGCUCCCUCUGGAAGGGAAGAACUAUUUUGAUACUAAAAAAAUUGAGAAGAGUCAUUGUAAAAUCUACAUUUUGUAAGACUUGGAAAUGGAAAUGAAUCUGUGAAUUCUGAAAAUAAAGAGAUAUGACUUUA